CGAUGGCCGAUAUCAGGAGCGCUGGGUCUGCGUCCAGCAGCCGGUCCGUGUUGGAAGCUCCGCCGCCGGCACGGUCUUCGUCGCCGGUUGCGAACGCUGUAAACGCCGUCGUCGCUGUCUCAGGGCCCGGCGGCGUGAGCGAGGACGAGCAGCAGCAGGCCGGUUCCCCGCCGUACUUCGUGUCGUGCUCGGACGCCUGCUUCUGCGCCUUCUGCAUCCUCUUCGUGGUGGCCCUGAGCUUGUCCUUCGCCCUGGGCAUCGCCUACGUACAGGGCAUCGCAGGUGACGUGGCAAACCCUCCCGGCGCCGCGAAUUAUGGAAGCUUGCUGUCGAGCGUGAUGGCGGGCUCUGGAAGACAGGAGGCGGCGCCUGCGACCAGGACCGUUAACGACAGUGUUUCCAUCCGCUGACGCUGCAGUUGGACGCGAUGGCAACAUAUGUGACGCCUUAAUGAUAUAAAUGUGUGCAAUGUAUUCGCAA